UGCAUUACACAGGCUACCUAUUCAAAACGUCUAGCUUAGUGACAUGAGACAGCAUUAGGAUCUUACCCUCAGUGUGUGCAGGUGCUUCGAAGCCAGCCGGACUGUCUCCUUUUUUUUUCUACCGUAACCACGCAAAUAACAACAAAAACUCCAAAGAUGAGGACCUUCCUGGUAGCAAUUCUUCUGUUUGCCUUCGCUUACGAAACCGCCCUGGCCCAGACCACGGCCGCCGCCACCACCGCGGCCGCCGGUACGGCUGCAGCGACCACGGCAGCAGCAGCCACCACCGCGGCCGCCACCACGCAGUCCGGAGCCACCAUCGUCGCCCACGCCGUCGAGAUGCUCCUCAUGCCAUUCCUCCUGGCAGUACUAGCCUACUUCCGCUAGGUGGCGCGCUGUACCCAUCACCUGUAGCGACCGAGAGAGUCGGCCUGCUUGCUGGAUUUGAUUUUUGUUUUACCGAUAGAAUGUAAACAAUGAUUGCAAUGUUUGUAAAUCGUUUCGGAAUGAUUCAAUUGUGGGUACACAUUAGGAAUGCCCUAAGGAUUCAUACAAAUGACUCCAAGUUUUAGCAAAAUGUACUGGGAAGGAGAUUACAGGAGAUUGCAUUUCGCGGGCUUUUAUUGGCCGUUCGGUAAAACCGUUAUGUUCUUUGUUCUUUCAAAUCUUGCCCUCGAUAUGCCUGAUAUCGUUCUUUUUAUCCGGUUAUGACAGGGCCAUAACUUAUUCAGCAUAACAUUACUCUCACAAAGGACUAUGAUCUUAUCUUCAUACUUGUACAUUACAUAUGUAUAUUCUCUUCAUAGCAUAGUUGAGAGCGUAUACGUACUGCUGUAAUCACUAUUGCUGUUUGCCUGCAAUCUGUAAUUCAAAUCUAACGGUUUUACCCAUGACGUCAGUUGUACAUAGGCAAGAGCUUGGAUGACGUAUGUAUCAACUGUACCCUACAUGAUUUAGUACGAGACGUUGCUAGUCCGGACUGUGUGUAAAAUUAUAUCUGAUUUGUCAUCA